AUGAAUAAAGAAAAUGAAGCAAUUAAUUUACCUGAACUUACUUGCAAAGCACAUACCAAUAAAAAAGCAAAAUAUAAAGUCAUUGGAGUCCCUUUUGCAAAACCUAAAUUUAAUUUGACUGAUUUGAUCUGUUCAAAAUGUGCCAUUGUACUCAUUAGUCAAGGUUAUAAGAUAGAGGAUAUUUAAAGCGACUAAACUUCUAUAAGACAAGAAUAAAUUCAAUAAUUUUUAGAAACUAUAUCGCAAACCUUUUUGAUUAUUGAUUAAAAUGGAUAGUAAUUAAACGAAAAGAAGUAUGACUUAGUUCGAUUUUGUGAAAAGUAGAAGGACAAAGUCAAUGAACAUUAUCAUCAAAUGGUCAUUGCAUUAGAUAAUAAAUUAAAAGAAUAGAUAGAUUAUUUGAAUGAAUUGUAAUUAAAAGCUGUUGAAAUAUUUGAUUAAAAAUAAUAAGAAAUUAAAGAUAAUCACAAUGAAUUAGUUUAAAUGUAUAGUGACAUUGAAGUUAACCUUGAUAAUAUAAUAAUGCAAAUUGAAUGUUUACCUUAUAAGCAAAUUAUGGGGUAAUACAAUAAGAGAGUCUAAGAUAUAUAGCUCUAAUUAUAAAAGCUUGAAAGCUCUCAUGUACAUCUUGGCAGAGUAUAUAAAAAGGUGAAUGAAAAUAAAGUUCUUGGAGGUUUGUUUGAUGAUUGCGAAUUAGAAAUUAAAAUAGUUUAAACUGCAUUAUUAAAGAAUGACCAAUAAUAAACAUAGUCUACAUAAAGGGCUACAUCACCUUAAUCAAUUUAAAUUACAUACUCUACUACUUAAACCCCUGAUAAAUAAAGAUCAAAUAGCCAGCCUAGUAAAUUCUUAGAAAUAUUAAAUAAAGUAAACGAGAAUUAGUUAAAAACAAAUAAUUAUUAUACAUAAUUAUUAAAAAGAGAUUAAUCAUUUGAUCUUAAUGAAAAAUAUUGCUCACCAACUUUUAAGAAAUGA